AUGGUCGCAAACGGAACAUUAAAGGAAGGUUCCAGAUAUGGCAAGAUACCUUCAGCUACGCUGGAUGAAGCCAUGGCACUGGCAGGUUUAGGUGUAUACAAUAUAUUGCAUAUGUUGCUAUGCGGAAUUAUACUGCUCGGUGUGAUCAUGCAGAGCCUGGCUCUCGGUUAUGUGAUGCCGGCAGCACAGUGCGACCUCCAGCUCACGUUGCAGCAGCGUGGCUGGUUAGCAGCCAUACCAUUCUUAGCUAUAAUUCUGAUGUCCUAUUUAUGGGGCUGGCUAGCUGACACACGCGGGCGCAGACCAGUCAUGCUGUUCUCUAUGCUCGCUAACGUUGUCUUCUCUGUGCUCACCAGUUUCGCGCCAAACUUGAUCACGUUUGCCGUGCUGCAGUUUUUUUCUUCUGUAUUUAUGUCAGGACCUUCAGCUGUGGUUUACACGUUCAUUGGUGAAUUCAACAACAUACGACACAGAGACAAAAUGGUUGCAUUCGGAUCCUCCUUUGUCGGGAUCGGAACUGUCAUUUUACCCGCUAUCUGCUGGCUGAUUCUACCUCUGGAAUUUUCGUUUUACAUUCCAUUCCUGGAUAUCUUCUACCGUCCCUGGCGCCUCCUGGUGGUGGCCUGCGCGGUGCCCUACAUGAUUAGUUCCGUGUUGCUCCUCUUCACUCCUGAGAGCCCCAAAUUCCUGAGUGCUACUGGCCAAAAGGAGAAAGUAUUAGAAGUUGUAAAGAACAUUUAUUCUGUGAACCAUAGACAACACAAGGAAACGUUUCCAGUAGAAUCUAUAUUAGUGGAAAGUCAAACGGAAAAGUGCCCUGAAGACAAGGGCAUAAAGGCGAUAUUGUCAUCGAUGCGGGAUCAGACUGUGCCACUCUUCAAACCGCCUCUACUGCCGUGGACCUGCCUCACCUGCUUCGUGCAAUUUGGAAUAUUUGCCACCACAAAUGGCUUCUAUGUAUGGUUUCCAACGAUUCUGAACGCGGUAGUAAACCACGACGGGGGACCGAUGAGGAUCUGCGACAUUCUCUCGAAUAGUAACGAUGUCAGCUCCAAUGGCACAGAUAUUGAAUGCAACGAUUCUAUGAAUACAGCGACCUUCCAGAACUCCAUCUACAUCGGACUGGUCUUCAGCUCCAUGUACUUGAUAGUCGGCUUCCUCGUUGACUUCGUUGGCAAGAAGCUCAUUUUGGUAACCUUGCUAUUCUCCACCGGAGUCUGCGGUAUCUGCGCUCAGUUCGCGUACAACAAGCAACUGGCUGUCGUCCUCUUCGCCGUGUUCCAGAUGUCUGGAGCUUGCAUCGGAUUGAUGACUGCUGUGGCCGUGGAAAUGUUUCCAACUAAAUUUAGGGCGAUGGCGCUGUGUCUAUCUAUGAUGAUGGGCCGAGUGGGGUCCAUGUUGGGUUCUAACCUAAUAGGAGUGUUCCUACAGUCCAAUUGUGGAGUCAGUUUCUAUCUAUUUGGCGGGAUUAUCAUAUUGAACUCCAUAUUUUGUUUGACUUUGCCUAACAAGAAAAAAGAAAACACACCUACAACGGUAAUAUUGACGGAGCCAACACAAAAUGAGACUCACGAACCAGUAUGAAGUGGUUGUUGUAAUCUGUACACCUGGAACAGAUAUCUACUUACGAAAUUACAAAUCACAU